GCUUUCUAGGGAACCCAGGGGAAACAGGUGACCCAGGGGAAACAGGUGAACCAGGUGACCCAGGGGGACCAGGGGAAACAGGGAAACCAGGGGACCAAAAUGAACCAGGGGAAACAGGGGAACCAGGUGAACCAGGGGAACCAGGUGAACCAGGGGAAACAGGGGAACCAGGUGACCCAGGGGAAACAGGGGACCCAGGGGAAACAGGGGACCCAGGGGAAACAGGGGACCCAGGUGACCAAGGGGACCCAGGGGAAACAGGUGACACAGGUGAACCAGGUGACCCAGGGGAAACAGGGGAACCAGGUGAACCAGGGGAAACAGGGGAACCAGGUGAACCAGGUGACCCAGGGGAAACAGGGAAACCAGGGGACCAAAAUGAACCAGGGGAAACAGGGGAACCAGGGGAAACGGGUGUCCCAGGGGAAACGGGUGUCCCAGGGGAAACGGGUGACACAGGUGAACCAGGUGACCCAGGGGAAACAGGGGAACCAGGUGAACCAGGGAAACAGGGGAACCAGGGGAAACAGGUGACCCAGGGGAAACAGGGAAACAGGGGACCCAGGUGACCAAGGGGACCCAGGUGAGCUGCCUGACAUUGAAACUCUGUGGUUGUUCCU